AUGGUCACUCCUGCUGCUUUACCUCCGUUGCCUUUCAAUCCGGGUCGGGUACGAACUUACAUCUUGCGGCUACCGUUGUUCACCCGCCUGACGCUGCUGGCCAUAUUCGCCUUCUGGCUGCUUGAGUUCCAAACGAUAUGGAGUGUUGUGCAAUGGGGUGCUCUUAUUCCUGAGGAAAUCAAUCUGGGAACUAUGUACCGACUUAAUACCUACCCGAUCAUCCACACCGGUUUCUUCCAUGCUUUGCUCAAUGCUAUAGCGCUUACACCGUUGCUGGAGCGGUUUGAGGCUGAGCAUGGUACCUUGACUGCUGUUGCAUUGUUUAUUGGACCCCUUUCAACUGUCCCUGCUGGACUUUAUAUCUUGAUUGAGAAGGUCAUACUGAACAGAAAUGCCUCCGUGGUGGGCGCUAGCGUCUGGGUUUUCCUGCUCCUCGGCUCAGAGGCCAUCAAGACAUAUAAGUCUCAUCCUAGCUUCAGUCUUGGUCCGUACAAGAUCCCCACCUGGACUUCGCCCCUGUUCGCAUGUGUCGUGGUGUCUAUCCUCCUCUCGAACGUGAGCUUCAUCGGUCACAUGUGUGCAAUUCUUGUCGGUUAUCUUCUCGGCCUCGGAUACCUCAAGGUGUUUGUGCCCCCCGAGAAGGUUCUCCGCUGGAUCGAGGGCAAGCUCAACCUCUUGGGACGCCUGCCCCACUAUGUCUCCGUCGAUCAGAAGACCUAUGGCCGCUAUGGAGUUCUUCCAACCGCCAAUGCCGCUGGCCCCAGCAGCAACCAGCCACCCAUGAGCUACAUGGGGUCUACACAGCGCCUGGGAGCUUGA